ACGGAUCCUCCAAAUAAGGCUGGUAUAGUCAGAAAUCCUCCAUUCAUGCUCAUGUCAAUCAUGCCGACAACGCGGUAUCUGUGCUCCCAUCGGAUCUGAUUCAUCUGGGGUUUCCGAUAGUCCCUUUUACGCACGGAGUUGCUUAAAUCGCGUGUUUUUGGAAAUGCGUGGAUGAAACCGGCUUUCUUGGUUAGUUCUGGGGAAAAAACGCGUAAACGAUUCCAGCUAUGGCUAUGGUGGUGAGCGUGUGGAGAGAUCCGCAGGAGGAGCUGGCAGCGGUGGAUGAUCAGAGCGCAGCCGGGAGAGAGCACCUCCAGCACCGGCUGAGCUCCGCCGCGCACUCGCCGAACUCCGCGGAGGAAAAAGCGCAGAUCGCAGCGCAAAACCAGCAGCACAUCGAGUGUGUGGUGUGCGGGGAUAAAUCCAGCGGGAAGCACUACGGACAGUUCACCUGUGAGGGAUGCAAAAGUUUCUUCAAGCGGAGUGUUCGGCGGAAUUUAUCGUACACGUGCCGCGCCAACAGAAGCUGCCCGGUGGAUCAGCACCACCGGAACCAGUGCCAGUACUGCCGCCUGAAGAAGUGCCUGAAAGUAGGCAUGAGACGCGAAGCGGUUCAGCGAGGCAGAAUGCCGCCGAACCAGCCGAACCCGAGCCAUUACGCGCUGACCAACGGAGAUCACCUGAACGGCCAGUGCUAUUUAUCCGGAUACAUAUCGCUUCUCCUCCGGGCCGAGCCCUAUCCAGCCUCUAGAUACGGCAACCAGUGCAUGCAGUCCGGCAACAUCAUGGGCAUAGAGAACAUCUGCGAGCUGGCGGCCCGUCUGCUGUUCAGCGCGGUGGAGUGGGCCAGGAACAUCCCUUUCUUCCCCGAUUUGCAAAUCACGGAUCAAGUGUCUCUGCUCAGACUCACCUGGAGCGAGUUGUUUGUCCUGAACGCCGCGCAGAGCUCCAUGCCGCUGCACGUGGCUCCUCUGCUGGCCGCCGCUGGCCUGCACGCGUCGCCGAUGUCCGCGGACCGAGUCGUGGCCUUCAUGGAUCAUAUUCGCUUCUUCCAGGAGCAGGUGGAGAAACUGAAGGCCCUGCAGGUGGACUCUGCCGAAUACAGCUGUGCCAAAGCCAUAGUGCUGUUCACCUCAGAUGCAUGCGGCCUUUCAGACGUCCCGCAUAUUGAGGGUCUCCAGGAGAAAUCUCAGUGUGCCCUGGAGGAGUAUGUGCGGAGUCAGUACCCGAACCAGCCCACCCGCUUCGGCAAACUGCUGCUCCGGCUCCCGGCGCUCCGCAUGGUCUCCUCCUCCGUCAUUGAACAGCUUUUCUUCGUUCGGCUGGUGGGAAAAACACCCAUUGAGACGCUCAUCAGGGAUAUGCUGCUAUCUGGGAGUAGUUUCAACUGGCCCUACAUGCCUAUUCAAUAACAUUUGGUCAGCAUUUACAGACUCUAAAGAAAAGUAAACAGGCAAGGACGACGCGUCUCUCUUAACGCCACACUGUAAAAAAUAUCUACGGUUUCCGUAUUUUAAGUGUUUAUUGCAUUAUAUGGGGUCAAAUUGGAUCUCUGCUCUCCAAGCAAGCAUUUUUUUGUUUUUAAAAGAUGUCUAAUAUACGUCUAAACAUAGUCGUCCUGGGUAAAACAAAGGUAGCCUAAAUUUGGGUUGUCAGACGUCCAAUAGACGUCCAAGAAUAGGCCAAAACUAGUCAUCACAUAAACAGAAAUAUUCACUUCACAUAUAAAGUCUGUCUAAUCUGUCUAUUUGACGACUAGUCUAGUUUUGGACUAUUCUUAGAUGUCUCUUAGAUUUUCACCGUCUAUUAGACGUCUGUUAAACACAAAAUGGUUUGCUGGGAUUUUUUAUGUUGAAAAUUAAACUCUACCGUUUAACAAAGUGACUUUAUUGACAUUUUAGUAGUUUGAAAAAUAUGUACAAGUAAUACAUAGAGAAAUAAGUCUGUAAAAUGACAUAAAAUGUAGGCUACUGGCAGUUUAUUAUAAGGUUUUUAGCGUAA